GUGCUUUUCACUCUCUCUAGAGUGUGGUAUCCAACGCUGGAAUAUGCGUUAACACCUGGACACCAUGGAUAGUCUUUAGAAUAAUUGUCUUGACUCGUUAACUUUAGUGCAGGGCAAAUAGAGCGAACAAAACAAAUACAAGUCCACGAACAAGAACAGGAAGCUACGAAGACUGGAGUUUUUGCAUCUAUGGAAGGUUCUCGAACGAGCACGUGACGACUCUAGACCAGUUGCAUUACACUUUCGAAAAAUACUCUGACGUAGCUACAUGUUCUUGUUUUUUUCGGAGGAGAACGGCUGCUUUGUUCAGUCAAUGACACAUUAGUUCGAUGAAGAGCUCGUUCAGGCCGAGUGAGAAAGGGGGAAAUAAACUGGGAGAAGUAUAAGUGUUAUUUAAAGAGGAAUUGUUUCGGUUCUGGGGGGUAUUGUGUUUGAGAAAAUUGUAUUUGUUGGUGAAAAACAGGGAAUGGCAAAGCACGUGGAAGAAAUUGACCAAUCGCAGAACGCGCUCCCAACAGAAGUGUAUAAAUACCAGUCGAUUGCUGUAGGAGCUGUCCGCCAUCGAAGACUAAAUAAGUUGGAAGGAGACCGCGCAAGCGUUAUGUACGUUUAAGUAAAUGUGUAUUUAAACAAAAACAGUAACUGUAAAAUCGCGUUACACGUCGACGAGAAUCAUCGUUGUUCCUCCCUUCGGCAGAUCAUCUUCGGCACAGAGCAUCUGUCUCAAUUCGGCAGUUAAAACAAUCUUGUUGUGCCAGAGACGGACAGUGCUGGCAGAAGAUGUGUGAUGAUAACUGAAGUACAGCAAAAGGAUCAUUCUAAACAAGUGAGCUCCCUCUGAAGACUGAGCCCUAACGAUGUCGGAUGUAAAAGGACCCCAGAAGGUGGCUAUGUGCGGGAACCCACCGCCCCCCCAGUACAAGAACCCCAAGACGCCUGGGCGGCUGACCAGUCAGCUGCAGUAUCUGCAGAAAGUUGUGGUCAAAGCCUUGUGGAGACACCAAUUCGCUUGGCCCUUUCGGCAGCCUGUAGAUGCAGUGAGGCUGAACCUUCCUGACUACUACAAAAUCAUUAAGAAGCCAAUGGACUUGAGCACCAUAAAGAAGCGUCUUGAGAACAAUUAUUACUGGAAAGCAAUGGAAUGCAUUGAGGACUUUAACACAAUGUUCACAAACUGCUACGUGUAUAAUACGCCAGGAGAUGACAUUGUGCUGAUGGCACAAGCCCUGGAGACGCUCUUCCUGCAGAAGGUGUCUCAGAUGCCCCAGGAGGAAGUUGAAAUUUCCACGAUCACAACAAAGGCACCUCAGAAGGGGAGGAAGCCCGCCUCAGGCGUGGUGAAGUCGAAGCCCCAGUCCCCUGUGUCGGAGGUCGUGUUCCAGCAGACCGUGACCGUAAUCCCCCCCGAGAUGCUCCUCUCAAUCCCGCCUGAGCCACUCACGGCACAGAUCGCUGCCAAAAUCAAAAAGGGCAUUAAAAGAAAAGCGGACACCACCACCCCGGCCGCUUCCGUGGUGACGAGCAGUGAGUCGUCACCGUGCACGGAAGUGAAGCCCUGCAAGCUGAUCUCCAGGCGGGGCAGUGGGCGGCCCAUCAAGCCCCCCAGGAAGGACCUGCCCGACUCCCAGCAGCAGCACCAGGUGGGCAAGAAAAGCAAGCUGUCGGAGCAGCUGAAGCACUGCAACAGCAUCCUGAAGGAGAUGUUCACCAAGAAGCACGCCGCCUACGCCUGGCCGUUCUACAAGCCCGUGGACACCGAUCGCCUGGGCCUGCACGACUACCACGUCAUCAUCAAGCAGCCCAUGGACCUCAGCACCAUGAGAAAAAAGAUGGAUGCCAGAGAGUACAAUGAUGUCCAGGAGUUUGCAUCAGAUUUUAGAUUAAUGGUCUUCAACUGCUACAAGUACAAUCCACCAACUCAUGAGGUGGUGGCCAUGGCAAAAAAGCUUCAGGACGUGUUCGAGACGCGCUUGGCCAAGCUCCCAGACGAGGUGGCAGAGGCCGAACCUCCCGCACAGCCCUGCCAGCACAGGGUGAAGGUGGAGAAGAAGGACCGCAGGAGCCGGGUGGAGAGCUCCUCCAGCUCGGAGAGCAGCAGCGACAGCUCCUCGGAAUCGGAAAGCUCCUCGGACACUGAGGAGGAGGAGAGGGCCCAGCGGCUGGUCCAACUCCAGGAGCAGCUGCAAGCUGUGCGCGAGCAACUGCAAAUACUGACCCAGACCCCCUUGCUAAAACCAAAAAAGGAAAAGAAAUCGCAGAAGGACAAGAAGAGAAAAGACAAGAAGGAGCCUCAGAGGGGGAAGUGCGAGGAGGAAAGGAAACCAAAAUCGAAAACGAAGAAAAGGUCCAGCAAAGGCCCGUUGGCAGUUCAUGGUAAGAAGAGCAAGCUGGCGUACGACUCGGACGACAACGAGCCAGCGGUCUCCAUGACGUACGACGAGAAACGGCAGCUGAGCUUGGACAUAAACAAGCUGCCGGGUGACAAGCUGGGCAAAGUGGUGAACAUCAUCCAGUCCAGAGAGCCCGCGCUGAGGGACACCAAUCCUGAGGAGAUCGAGAUCGACUUCGAGGCCCUGAAGCCCUCCACACUAAGGGCGCUGGAGAGAUACGUCAUGACUUGUCUGAGGAAGCGGCCCAAGAAACCAAACCAGAAAAAGCCAGCCAAGCCCAAAGCGCAGCGCACCGUAAAGAAGCGGGACCCAGAGAAGUGUUUGUCCGAUGCCGGCGAGCAGCAGAGUUCGGCCAAGAAGACGAAAAGGAAGGGCGAGACGGCGGGCGUGACAAAAGCAUUGGGGGGGCCCUCCAGACUCAGCGACAGCAGCACCUCCUCAAGCUCUGACAGCAGUAGUAGUGAUUCUAGCACUUCCGAUAACAGUGACUCUGAAUCAGAACAAAAAACAAAGCGGAAGCUAAGCAAAGGCGCCCGUGAUUGCAAACUAAAAAUGAAGGCUGCGUUCUCCCAACAGGAAUUGAAGCAGACUACCUCUGUGCGGAGCUCCUUGGUAAAAGCACCGGAAGACCCUGUGUUGACUGGGACCAGCCUGCAGCCCGUAGCGCAGAACCCCCUCCUGCUGGAGCCCAACCAGGCCCUGGACACUCCCCAUUCUCCUGAAGACUUUGUGUUAUCACCUCCAGCCUUACACAGCCGUCUGCCUCCGCAGCCGUCGAGACCUAGCGCCAAAGCAGCACCUCUACCUCGCAAAGGCAGGGCCGCGUCCCUGCUGCAGGACACCCCUCCCCCUCUCGCCCCCGCCCAGUCCCCCGGCGGGUUCCCACUAACCCCCGAGCCGGUCUCGCUGGCCCCCGCCUCCAGCCCCCGCGUUUCUGCCCGGCCUGACGCCUCUGCGCCCGCACCCCCGCAGCAGCCCCGGCCCUCCCUGCCCCAAACGCAGGAGGCCCAAACCGACGCGCUCCUGCACGGCCCUCCCGACCACGUGUCGGAGAGCCCUCCGGAUAGGGAGGAUCCGGAAGGGAUUUCCGUGCUCCUGUCUCCGCUGAGCUCCCCGCCCGAAGUGCUGUUCUCCAACUGCGGAGCCUCGCUUCCUGCAUUGCCGCUUCCUGCUGAAGUCAGGAUGGAGCACCUGCUGUUAUCCCCUCUUGAGGAGAGCCCGCUGCACUCUGGGAAGGAUGAGAGAAAGCACCUGGAGUCCCAGGGAGAGCCCGGGUCCAAGCCCCUGCAGAAUGUGCACACUACUGGUCAGUCUGGUGGAAAGCACGACAGCUGCGAAACUACUCCAAUACCUAGAGCGCCGCACGUCUGCACCGCUAACAAAGUCGCUAAAGAAACUAAACCAUCGCUCCCGAGAACGGAUAUUGUUCUGAAGAAUGCAGAUUCUUGGGCCAGUUUGGGAAAGAUGGCCAGUUUCACCCCUUCCACCAUCAAGUCCUCAAAGGAGAGCUUCCAGCAGUUCCGCAGAGCGGCCAUGGAGAAGGAGGAGCGAGAGAGGGCUCUCAGGAGGCAACAGAUGGAGGUGGGGCGGGAGAAGAGGCCAGUCUCUGAAAAACCCAGAGAGGAGCAGGAGGCCACGGAGUGUGUGCCCACAGCAGCGACCACCGCCGCCACCGAGCCACUCAGGCUACCGGAACCUUCCAGACCAGAGCCGGCCGGGGCCUCCUCACCUCCGGCCGCACCGGGACCGCAGCCCGUGGCACAGUCCUCAGUGGACCGGGACCGAGAGCUGGCCCGAAAGAGAGAGCAGGAGCGCCGACGGCGGGAAGCUAUGUCGGCCAUCAUUGACAUGACGAUGCAAAGCGAUAUAAUGGCGACGUUUGAGAAGAACCUGGAUUAACUGAGCUUCCAGCAUUCCUGAGGCAUUUGACAGAUUCCUUGUAUUAUAAUAUGGUUUCAUAUCGUUGUCCCUAUGAACAGUACAGACUCCAAUAUUGGAUGUCUGAGCCAAGCAUUUUGGUGAAGGAAACGGGUCAUUGUUAAAGAAGAAACUUGCUGCAUGGCAACUUCACUUACCAUUUUAUUAUAGUUGUAAAAUACUGUAUAGUGUAAAAUAAUGUGAUUAUUUUGUUUUUGUUUUUUUGUCCAGUCACUAAGAACUAUAUUUGGCUUUAUUUUGGACUGGUGGCAGUUCUGAAAUGUGUGCACUGAGGUUCUGACACUUAGAUAGCAGAUAUUGGGGAAGGGUUAGAAAAUGUAGAAUCCUAUGUUUUCCAAUUCUUUGUAGCAGUCGUUUAUUGACCACAGUACAUUAAGCCUUUUAAAGCCAGGCUUACAUGUUCAGAUUACAUUCCACUGCAUUUAUCUGCAUUUAUUUUUGAUAGUUUUUUUCUUUUCUGUGUAUUUUUACUGUUAUGUUUUUGUACCAGUGGUGACUUUGAAUGACAGUACUGUAAUGAAUAGCCAUGUAUGGUUUCAUCCUCUUAUCCUCUGGUCCAUUUCAUAGUACUAAUUCAGCAACUAAUACAGAAAAUGUCUGUGCUUUGAUGUUCUGAGUUGGAAUUGUAUUAUUGAUCUGUAUAUAGAAGUGAAGGAAUGUCCUCAAAUGUUUUUCUGUAAUAUCAGAAUAUAUGGAAAAUAUUUGUUUAUUUGUAAUAAAAUAAUACUUAGCAUUUUGUUACCUGGAAGUAGCAGUUAACUUUUUGCCAAAUGUUGGUAUUCAAAUGUGGGACUUAUUUUUUAGGCUACUGUUUGCUUCCCUUGUUUAAGUUUCGACUUGAAAGUGCAGUGCCAUAAAGUGGUGUGCUUAUAGCAAAUUUUAGGCAAUAUGUGCCUAAUUUGAUAUUCCCAUUACUAAAAUGUAAAAAAGAAAAAGGAAAAAUAGAUGCAGAACUUAAGCAUUCUUGUCUAUUAGACUGCAUUCUACUUUUCAUUGUAGAAACUUGGAAGAUGUGGAGUGCGGUAUUGUUUUGUUGAUCCUGUGAUAUUCAGGCAAUUUUACAGUGCUUUCCCACUUCGGCUGUACUUGAUACAGUAGCACUUUAUCCUUUUCUGUAUCCGUUGAGAUAUGAGAGCAUGACUUUACUAUAUAUAGAAAACUAAUAUAUAAUUUUGAAGAGAUCACAUUCUAAAGACAAAAAUCAUUAAAAUAUUUUCAGUAAAAA